GACAGGUGCGUGACAAUCGGAGCUCUCUGCAAGCAUGUACGCCAAAGGCAAGAGUAGCAACGUGCCGUCCGACAGCCAAGCCAGAGAAAAGUUAGCUCUCUAUGUGUACGAGUAUCUGCUGCAUGUGGGAGCACAGAAGUCUGCACAGACCUUUCUCUCAGAGAUCCGAUGGGAGAAGAACAUCACACUAGGAGAACCUCCGGGGUUUCUCCACUCAUGGUGGUGUGUUUUCUGGGACCUUUAUUGUGCUGCUCCAGAGAGAAGAGACACAUGCGAACACUCCAGUGAGGCCAAGGCUUUCCAUGACUAUAGUGCUGCAGCAGCUCCCAGCCCUGUCCUUGGGAACCUUCCCCCAGGAGAGGGCAUGCCAGUGGGGCCAGUCCCUCCAGGUUUCUUUCAGCCAUUUAUGUCGCCUCGAUACCCUGGAGGACCCAGACCUCCCCUUAGGUUACCCAACCAGGGACUUGGAGGCGUCCCAGGUAGCCAGCCCAUGUUACCCAGUGGAAUGGACCCUACAAGACAGCAAGGACAUCCUAAUAUGGGAGGACCAAUGCAGCGGAUGACUCCACCCAGAGGCAUGGUACCACUAGGGCCCCAGAACUACGGAGGUGGAAUGAGGCCACCACUAAAUGCGCUGGUUGGUCCUGGGAUGCCUGGCAUGAACAUGGGACCUGGUGGGGGUAGACCCUGGCCAAAUCCUCCAAACUCCAAUUCUACCCCUUAUUCUUCUGCGUCUCCAGGAAGUUAUGUGGGACCUCCAGGAGGUGGGGGGCCACCUGGGACCCCAAUAAUGCCAAGUCCAGCAGAUUCAACUAACUCCGGCGACAACAUGUACACUAUGAUAAACACAGUUCCUCCAGGAGGAAGCAGACCAAAUUUCCCUAUGGGUGCAGGUGGCGAUGGUCCAUUAGGGGGAAUGGCUGGAAUGGAGCCUCAUCACAUGAAUGGAUCAUUAGGGUCUGGUGAUAUGGACAGUCUCCCCAAGAACUCUCCUGGUAACCUAAGUAUGAGUAACCAGCCGGGGACCCCAAGGGAGGAUGGAGAGAUGGGCGGAAACUUCCUUAACCCUUUUCAGAAUGAAAGUUAUUCUCCAAACAUGACGAUGAGUGUGUGAAGGCUCUGGAAGCGGGUUGGUCAGACGCUCAGUAAGCUGGUGUGGAUCGGUAAAAAGCAGAGAGACAGGAUGUGAUGUCAUGUAGGACAGUGACUCUUCCUCCACCACAACCACCACCACCUGCCCAGUCGGGACAGCUGCCCCAGCCUCCGUCCUUCUACUAACCAUCCCUCAUUGUCCCUCGCACACACACACAUCUCCCUUCCAUGGUUUCUAUCCUUGUCUCUUCUUACCUGUUACUUCUCCCACUCUAAGUGAUGACUCUGCUACAUUCAUCAGUUCUUCCUCUGUAGCUAUGAGACUGUACAAAGGAACCAAAAUUUAAACCACCUGGAGGAGAGCUCUUCUUUAUUUGCUUACUGUGUGUGUGCGUGUGUGUGUGUGUGUGCGUGCGUGCGUGUGUGUGCGUGUGUGCGACUGAUGUCAUAUCAUGGAUUUCAUGCCCAAAAAACAAAAGGCCAGUAUCCUAUGUAUCCUAAAAUUUAAAUUCUCAAGGAUUUAAAGACACUUUUUUGAUUGAUGGUUGAAAAUGUGUUAUACCAGUUUGUCAUGUGGAACAUCUGUUGUCUUUUCUUGACAAUCUUCUUAAUGUCUUACUGGAAGAAAAAUGGAAAGACUCCACAAUUAUAUUACUAUGAGGUUCAUUUGAGGCUUGUGCAGAUCUAUGUGAAGUCUUUUCAACAGUGAAAUUGUGUAGAUCUUUUAAGACUACCACUGAGACUGUGUUUAUAUUAGGUCUGGGAAUCAGUUUUUCUGUCAUCUGAACUUUUAUUUCCACAGAUGUUGAAAUGUAAAGCCUUUUUUUUAAAGAUCUUUUAUUGGAUUUCAUGAUAUCAAUUUGCAAGAUUAGGAAAUAUAUUUGGUAAGCAAUAAAGUGCAGCCAGUGAUUAAAUGCAAGCAUUGAUAAAGUAAAGAGUCCAAUGAUCUCCAGUCAGGACUUAAGUCCAUUAUAUUCAAGUGAAGGCACUGAGAUUUUGUUUGACUUUUCUUCUGGAGGUCAGCAAGUACCUGUGUGAUUACCAUGUUGUUGUCAAUAACAGUUGUGUUACCAUGGCACAUCUCGUUUACACAAUUUUAAACACACAACACUUAUGAUUAUUAGUACGAGUUCUGUCUGUUAAGAGGGCAGUUUUUCCUCCACAUUACAAUAAAUGACAGAUAUAUAACAUUGAUCAGAUUUAACCUCAAGUAAAAUCCUUUCACCCUGUAUCAUGUGUUUUUAAGGCUUGACGAGACAAAUGAUGUGCAGAUCAAAGUCAGCUCUCUUCAGAGUAUAAACAUCAUUCACAGAAAAUCUUCAGCUCAACCUGAAACUUGUGUUUGCAUUUUCACUUUAAAUGGUUAUUGAGGGGGAAAAGGAGCUUUGUUCAAGGCUUAAAUUGUAUCAGAUCAGCCACUUUGCUGAGCACAGUCUGGAUAAAAAAAAGGUAUGUGGAAACUCAUUUACAUAAGAAAUAUACAUACUGUUAACUACAAAAGCACAGUAUACAGUAUGAUUUGUCAUGUUUGACCAUGUUAUUUAACAAGAUGGGACACUCAACCUGUAGCCAUAUGAUAGGUUGGUUGUGUUUGCUUGGGCCUCUCUCAUAUCUAGUUGUUUAAACCUUGAUCCAAGUUGCUAAAUAAGUGCACAUCUUAAUUUCUGCAGCCCACAUUCUCUGGAUAUAUAAUAUUUGAACAAAGAAGAAUCAAAGACACAUGAGGGGUAUGGAUGGUAAAUUGUACGACACAAGCUUAUAAAGUCACUUUGGUCACUCAUACUUAAAUGUCAUCCGGAUAAACUGUGAUCUCAGUGUGAUAUGCGAGGUUAGUUGGUACAGAAAGCUAAAAAUAAGCUUGUUUUUAAUCAAUGUUUUAAACUUUUUUCACUGCCCAAGAUGUAUGAUCAUCAUGUAAAAAAAGGUCUACGUACCUGUGAACAUUCUCCUUUCCCCUCCCUUACUGCAAAAGUAUACAGCUCCCAAAUGUAGCUCCCCUGUCUUGUAUGUGUAUUUGAUAUUAUUAUUAUUAUUAUAAUUAUUAUUAUUAUUAUUUAAAGAAAAAUCUGGAUAAUUAUAGCAAAAAGGGAGGGAUGAACUGAUGAUGCACCAUCACGACUGAACAGAGAUAUUUUUAUGUUUUUGUGUUACUUUGAAGCCAUAAGUGGGAGUACAAGAAGACGCAUUUGUAAAUUGGAUCAUGUUUUCUGUUUUGUGGCAGUAUGUGGGACUCCAUUUGUGAUGUGUUCAUUUUCUCUUUUUUAUUCUUGUAUUAUGUUUUUGUAAAUAUACAGAGAAGUAUUUCAUGGGUUUUGAAUAUGCUGGUAUAAAGCUUCUCUUCCCUUAGUCCAAGUGUCAACUCU